CCUUCAUAAACAAAUAUCUGCCUUUCGAAGUGUUGUCGUUAAGGGUAUUCUUUGCUCCCGUCUUUUUCCCAAGUUUCGAGGAAAUUAGAGAUUGUAUUUAGUGGUGUUGUGUAUAUGGGUGACGGUAAGGAGAAUGGUGUUGGUGGGAAACAUCAAGUUCUAAAAGAGAAAGCGAAGAAUCGGGUGGAUAAUCUGCAGCGUCUGUUCUAUGAUCUGCAGUUGGCUAGGAAAGAGAGCCGCACAAAUGAUGUGAUUUUGCUGGAAGAACAGGUUAAUCAGAUACUCCUGGAGUGGCAAACUGAACUCAACCAACCUUCGCCUGCUUCUUCUUUCCAGGGCGGUGGGAGUUUAGGGUCUUUUUCUUCAGAAAUUGGUAGGCUAUUGCAAGUUCAUGAGGAGGGAGAUGAUGCGAUUAGCAGAUUACCAACCCUAAAUUCCAAACCAGAUAUGCAGAACUUUUGCGGCAAUGUGGCACCUCAACAGGUUGAUGUUAGUUUAGGGUCUUUGUCUUGGGACCUUAGUGGGCUGUUGCAGCUUGGUGAGGAGGAAGAUGAUGCCACUAGUGGUUUACCGGCUCCAAAGCUGAAACAUGAUGUUAUGCAGGAAUCUGGUUGCAACAUGGAUAUUCGCGACACUCAAGUGCCCUAUCAGGACGGCUUUGUGCAAGUUGAUCAAUACAAAGACCCUCUAUUAGGAGCUACCGGAAUGCAAGUUAAUAACAUGGGUGUUCCAAGUCAAACUGACUACAAUCUGUUUGAUUCACGUCAAGGGUUGGAUCAGACUUUCAUUGCUGAAAUUAAUAACACAAAUAUCUGCGGCGAAAUUGCUGUGCCUCAGACUGACAGCUUUCUACCAAGUGUCUGCCACCCACCUUCUGCUUUUCUUGGACCAAAAUGUGCACUUUGGGAUUGUCCUAGGCCUGUUCAAGGGUGGAAUAAAGACUAUUGCAGUACCUUUCAUGCCACUCUUGCACCUAAUGAAGGCCGUCCUGGCAUGACUCCUAUUCUACGUCCUCAAGGAAUUGGCCUGAAGGAUAACUUACUUUUCUCAGCUCUCAGAGCGAAAAUUGAGGGAAAAGAGGUUGGUGUCCCAGAUUGUGAGGGUGCUGCAACUGCAAAAUGUCCAUGGAAGGCUCCUGAGAUCUUUGAUCUAUCAUUUAUCGAAGGCGAAACGAUUAGAGAGUGGCUUUUCUUUGAUAAACCUCGAAGAGCAUUUAAGAGUGGAAAUAGGAAGCAAAGGUCUCUUCCAGAUUAUGAGGGACGGGGUUGGCACGAGACAGGGAAGCAAGUGAAUAGUCAGUUUGGAGGGCUGAGGAGAUCUUACUAUAUGGAUCCACAACCAAUGGAAAAUCUGGAAUGGCACUUGUAUGAAUAUGGGAUUAGCAAGUGCGAAACUUUUGCCUUGUAUAGGUUGUCACUUGAGCGCGUAGAUGGGAAGAAAAAUCCAAAAGGGAGGCGGGGCAAAGAUUCAGUUGCUCAUCUGCAAAAGCAGAUGAAGGACCUUUCCGCUUCCACCCAAUGAGCCUUCUUCUGGAUGCAAAUUAAAAUAGGUCUGAUGGAUGGUUCGGCGUAUGUUCAUUCCUCCAGACCAUAUGAAACUUUUCAUUACGGAGCUAAUGAGCCUUGAAAUUAUCUUGUUGGCGGCCUAUAUGGUUACUAUUGACAUAUACCAAAUUCUACACCCAAUCAAUAGAUUAACAAUGUUUUGUGUCUUUGUUCCCCCCCUGUGGGAGUUUCAAUUGUACCAUAAAAAAUGUUACUUUAAAUGUUUUAGAGAUGGAUGAAUCCCCAGAUAUACAAGUUUAGACAUCAUUUAGCAAUCCUUUUACAACUAACAGUGGCUUUAGCAGUGUUUUAUUCGCUACUCUUAGAA